AUGGAGAAAACCUGCACCGACCUCACUGACGCUGCGCGCUCGGUGAAGCUGCUACGGAUCAAGGCUUUUAGCGCGGCUUCGACCAUGUACACAGAACACUACAUCAAAUCCAGAUGGGAAGUAGACGGGUAUGAAUGGGAACUCCGUUUCUAUCCUAACAGGAAGACGACCACCCACGACUGGUGGGUGGAUUUGGAUCUUGUCCUUCUGAGCAAACCCCGCACGUCCGCUGUGAGGACGACUGUUGUCUGUCGGCUGGUAGAUCCUAAAGGGAUGAUUAAACCAUCCGCAGAAAUCAGGGAAUCAAAAUCACUAACUUACAGGAAUGAUCUGAUAAGUGUGGGUCUCAUACAUAGAAUUGAUCUAGCACGAUCAAGCUAUCUCAAGGAUGAUGCCCUGACUGUGGAAUGCACCCUCACGGUGCUCAAGGAAGUAGAAGUACCGGCCCCUGUCAAAGAAGUGCGUGUGCCAUCCUCCAACUUGCUCCAACACCUCAUAAGUCUCCUGCAUAGUGGGACGGGAGCAGACGUCACAUUUGUCGUCUCCGGUGACUCCUUCCCGGCGCACAAAAACAUACUGGCCGCAAGGUCCCCUGUUUUUAUGGCAGAGUUCUUUGGAGAGAUGAAGGAGAGAAGCUCUGGACACAUCAAGGUGAAGGAGAUGGAGGGGGCAACCUUCAAGGCCAUGCUUCACUUCAUCUACACCGACAUGGUGCCUGAGCUUGAUGAGCAGCUGGAGACGGCAACGGUCAUGGCUCAACAUUUGCUCGUGGCUGCCGACAGGUAUGGACUAGACAGGCUCAAACUGAUUUGUGAGGCUAAGCUAUCUGAUGGCAUCAACGUUGACACAGCAGCGACAUCUUUGGCUAUAGCGGAGCAGCACCACUGUCCGCAGCUGAAGGCUAAAUGUGUUGAUUUCAUCCUUAGCAUCCCUGAGAUUCUUGAUGGUGUGUUGGCGACCGAGGGGUACAAGCACCUGCAGGCCAGCUGCCCAUCGGUCCUCACGGAGCUUCUCAAGUCUUCGCGCGGGGUCAAGAAAUUGAAGCGUUGCUAG